AUGAAGGGAUCACUAAGCCUGAAAUUCAUACUGCUUCUAGUUUUGCUGUUUGCAUCAACCUGCUCACAGGACUGCAGUGCUGCAGACACAGUUUCUAUCACAAAUCCUCUUCAAGAUUCAGAAACUAUAUUUUCUUCGGAUUUAACCUUCAAGUUGGGAUUUUUCAGUCCUGGAAACACCACCAACCGAUAUGUGGGGAUCAUGUUUACUGAUCCUAAAGCUACUGUUGUUUGGGUGGCUAAUAGGGACAAGCCUCUGACUGAUUCUUCCGGGGUUCUGACAGUUUUAGCAGACGGAAAUCUUGCGGUUUUGAACGGCAAGAAGGAAAUACUUUGGUCAUCGAAUGCGCCAAAUCCCGUGGCGAAUUCAACUGCUCAACUCCUGGAUGAUGGUAACUUAGUCUUGAGUGAUAAUUCAAAUGGAAAAAGUGUGUGGGAAAGCUUUCAGAAUCCGACAGACUGCUUUCUGCGAACGAUGAGGAUUGGUGAAGUUGCGAACCGUUCCAUCCAACUAACAUCAUGGAGAAGUCCAUCUGAUCCAUCCAUUGGAAACUUCUCUCUUGGUGUCAACCAUGGUGGCAUCCCGGAACUAUUUGCUUGGAACAGAGGCGUCCUUUAUUGGCGCAGCGGUCCGUGGAAUGGUAACAUGUUCAUUGGGAUACCAGCAUCAAAUGCUAAGUAUACCAUUCGAUAUGAUUUCGUGAGAGAUGAUGCUGGAACAACAUACUUCACCUAUAACUACAUCAAUACUACUGUUUUGCUGUUCUAUGAACUGAGUUCCUCAGGAGAAAUCCUUGAGAAGGAAUUAAAUGAUAAUGGAGACUGGAAUAUAUCAUUUUCAUUUGUGCGUAGUGAAUGUGAUGAGUAUGGAAAAUGUGGACCAAACGGAAGAUGCGAUCCUCACGCUUCGCCAAUUUGCUAUUGUCUGAAAGGUUUUGAGCCCAGAGACAAGCAAGAAUGGAGUAAAGGAAGCUGGCGCGGUGGCUGCACCAGAAAGGCACCUCUGCAGUGUGAGAGAAACAAUUCUGUGGGUGAAGGAGAUGGAUAUUUGAGGCUAACAACUGUGAAAGUUCCUGAUUUGUCCAACUUUAUCGGAACUUCACAAGAAGAUUGCGGCAAUGACUGCUUGAAGAAUUGCAUCUGCUCGGCCUAUACAUAUGUUGUGGGCAUUGGAUGCCUGCACUGGAAUGAUAGCCUGAUAGAUAUCCAGCAAUUUUCUUCAUAUGGAGCAGAUCUAUAUAUUCGUAUGGCAUCUUCUGAACUAGAUCAUGCUAAGAGCAAACAGAAAAAGAAAGCUGUUGUCGCAAUUACAGUCAGUGCGGGGUGUUUACUCCUUGCAUCAUUCUUUUUGUGGAAUUGGUGUACUAAGCAUAGAGGGAGAGGGAAAGAAGCUGAGUUGGCAUUGAUGGAACCAGGGGAAGCAUGGAAAACAGAAAUAAGGACGAGCAACAGUUAUGCAAACCCAAAACUUGAAGAGCUGCCACUAUACGAUUAUGAAACGCUAGCGAUUGCAACUGAGAGUUUCGCCAGCAAGAAUAAACUAGGCCAAGGAGGUUUUGGUCCGGUUUACAAGGGAAAACUAUCAAAUGGUUCCGAAGUUGCAGUAAAGAGGCUUUCAAAUUCUUCUAGCCAAGGGUUACAGGAGUUUAUGAAUGAAGUUUCAGUCAUUUCUAAACUGCAACAUCGGAAUCUUGUCAGACUCCUUGGUUGCUGUAUCGAAAAAGAAGAAAAGAUGCUAGUCUAUGAGUACAUGCCUAACACAAGCCUGGACGCGUACAUAUUUGAUUUGCGAAAGCAAAAGUUACUAGAUUGGAAUAGAAGGUGUAUGAUCGUUGAAGGGAUAGGUAGAGGCCUCCUCUACCUUCACAGGGAUUCAAGACUCAGAAUAAUCCAUAGAGAUCUGAAAGCGAGUAACAUCCUCCUUGAUGAAGAGCUGAAUCCCAAGAUAUCAGAUUUCGGGUUAGCAAGAAUUUUUGGAGGCAAACAGGAUCAAGCCAAUACCAGCAGGGUUGUCGGCACAUAUGGGUAUAUGGCUCCAGAGUACGCAAUGAGAGGAGAAUUUUCGGAGAAAUCAGAUGUCUACAGCUUUGGUGUUUUACUACUGGAGAUUAUCAGCGGCAGGAGGAAUGCCAGCUUCUACCAUGAUGAGGAGAUACUAACCCUGCUAGGAUAUGUAACCUUCCAUUAA